GUGGUUCCCAGGACAUGGGCUAAUUCUACGCAUUGUCUCAAGAGAUUCCUGUGUAAUUUUCCUAGUACAGCGCGCUGAUGGAGGUAGAGGUGGGUCGGAGCUCUGAAGCUAAUCCAAUUAUUGAUGGGAGUCCCGUCUCUAUAUACGCGCGUCGUGCCGUCGUCCUUGGCUCCUUGCCCGUCUCAGCUUUGUCCCAGCCAGGACAAGUCGCUGCCUCGCUGAUCGCUACUUGUAGCCUCUCCGACCCUGGUCCCUCCUCACGGACGGAACUCGGAAGGCUCCUCCGCUCCUGCAUGGUGACCGCAGCCGCCGCGGCCCGCGGCAUGUCCUUCUUCGCAUUGGCCCCGUCGUCGUCCGGCCGCCCCGCGUCCUGCCGCCACCGACCGUAACUCGCCCGCUCGUCACCACCGACCGGUCGCCUCGACGACGUUCGCAGCUGUCCCUGCGACCCGCGCGAUGCCUCCUCUGGCGCCGGCGCCGCACGGCGACAAGAGCGGCUCCGGUGGCAGGCAGCGCCAGGAGACGGCGGCGGCGGUGGCCCGGCAGCGGUCGGCGUCGUUCCACGGCCGCGGGCCGGCGGAGCAGCGGCACCAGCUGCAGCAGAAGCAGAGGCCCAAGACGCUGCCGGACCUGCUCGCCGGCGUGAGGAGGGCUAGCUUCCGCUCCGUCUCCCCGCCUCGUGGUGGCGGCGGUGGCGGCGAGACCGGGAGGAGGACGCCGAGCAAGGUGCUGGUGAGCGUCGCGGUGCAGCGGAGCAUGUGGCCGCUGCACGUCAUGGCGUCGGCGGAGUGGACCGUAGCCGACCUGGUGGCGGCCGCCGUGGCGCUCUACGUCAAGGAAGGCCGGCGGCCGCUGCUGCCGUCCGCCGACCCGGCCGCCUUUGGCCUCCACUACUCCCAGUUCAGCUUGGAGAGUCUGGACCCAAAGGAGAAGGUCAUGGAACUGGGCUCCAGGAGCUUCUUCCUAUGCCCGAAAUCUUCAGCUGCCGGCCAGGCUGCUUCGUCGUCGUCCUCUGAUGGAGUAAGCGGGGUCAGCACGGUGGCGUCAGGGAAAGCACCGGCUUGGCUGAACUACAUGCAGUUCUGGCCGAUGAUGUAGUUCACAGCUACCAAAUCAUCUACUGCUAUGUCUGCGUCCGGUGCUUUCAGGAGUCAGGCCCCCAAAGAACCUCCAAGUUUUGCAUUUGUGAGACAAGUGACAACAAGAACAUUGUAAAUUUGUUAUAUAUAUAAGCUUCAGAGGAUGAGAUUGUAGUGACUAGUGAGUGUGUUAGCAUCUUGUAAGGUGCUGGUGCGAUUGUGCAAACCGCCUGUGCCCCAUGUUACAUCUCUGAUUCAGAAAAUACCAAAUGUUUAUGUAAUUAGAACAGUUUCAAUGGCAAAAAUUUGCUGUGAACAUUGUGUAAAUAUUGUACCUUCAAACAGUCAAGAAAGCAGAGGCAUGGACGAGCAAAA